UACUAUUAAGGCUACCGCUGGACCAUCCUCAACAUCAUCCUUGGCCCAUUUUUCAAGGAGAAAGAGGGACCAGGGAGGUUCUCGGGGAUGCGAGCGCGGUAGCUCUAAUACUAGAGCUCCACGAACAAAGGGUUCCUCCUCUUCGUCCGGCUCCAGUUCACAACUGUCGACUCCAAAACCAUGGGCGAUGCACGAAAAACCAUACAUAUGGCUAACGACGGUGUCUUCAUCGAGUGACGAUAUAAGUUUCGUGGAGGACCUCCAAACUCGACUUAGGACAGCCGUGGAAGCACUUCUUGAUGUUGGGAUAGGAGGACUUUUGAAGGAUGAUCUUGAGGAUGAUCAACGCCUGAUGUCUGGAAUUGGAAAUAUCCGUUAUCGGGUUUCAGUAGUCUCUGCAUCGUCUUCUUCCUCGUCCUCUUCUAGGCCAGGGCGAGGAAGUAGAGGCAAUGCGAAUGCUCCAGGAGGCAACAACUCGGGUGAGUCCAAAAGGCCUACUGCUACUACAACAGCCGCGCUGACUUCUCAGGACGUUCUGAUCAAGGCAGCCGUGAGGCAUGUGACCAAGCAGUUUCCGCGAUGGAAAGUGGACUUGUCGUUGGAUGGACCCGACCUCGAGCUGGUGUGGUUCGUCUUUUUUAGCUCUUCUUCUACUCAAGAAGCUCAACAGACUCCUAAAUGUCCCUCUCGUGGUCCCUCCUGGUGUGCGGAUUUAGUCCUGAGGAGGUUGCCAAAAAAAGGAGAAGCGAAUGCAGUCCGAAACAAGAAGAUGUUCUCAAAACUGCCGAGUGAAUGGAGGAGCUACCAUCUUUUGGAAGAGGUUGAAGAGGAAGAGGACGUUGGCGAUGUUGAUGUUGGAAUACAGGACAUGAACCUAAACGUUGAAGGCUUGAACUUGAAAGACGAGGAUCUGAAGACUCCACCAAGAAAGGUGAAUGGAGACGCCAGCUCUUCCGAUAUAUCAGAAGCUCUUGCUCCUGAACCUUCGACUUGCUUACCAAUUAAAGAGCAUGAAAAAAGCGAGAAGAUCAUACCGAGAACUACAGGAACUUCACCAACAAAGAAGUCUAAGUCUCAGUCUCACUCUCAGCAAACGAGUGGUCUUUCUUCAACGAAAGGUUGCACUCUGCGACCAUCUACUGCGUAUUUGUUGCUGGAGGCAGCGGGUUGCGGGGAUUGCACGACGGGUUUCUCAGUGCUUGACUGUUUUGGGGGCCAAGGAACUAUAGCUAUGGAAGCGGCUCUUCAAUAUCCUUUGUGCAAGCGCGCAGUGACGUCAGAUGCGGAUGCGAAACAAUCAGCUAUUGCGAAAAAACUUAGUAUCAGGAUUGGUUUGGGUUGUAGUACUAGUACUAAUUCUCCUAAAAACGAAGAUCUUCCCUCUUCAAAUGCAGCAGCAGCUGUUGUCCCUUCAAGAAAUGGGAAUGCACCCUUAUUUGAAGUCCACACAGCAGAUGCCCGCCAACUACCCUAUCCGGAUGAAGCCUUCGACUUCUUAGUCGUUGACCUCCCUUUCGGAAAUAAGCAUGAGCUAAUCGGCGCUGCCUCUUUGUCGUCGCUUUUGGCUGAUUUUCUUGCAGAAGCGGCCAGAGUUUUGAAACGUUUUGGUAGAUUAUGCGUUUUGUGUACGAGGAUGCAUGCGAGGCAGUUGUUAGCGAAAGUGGAAUCAGCGAUGAUGUUUAAAAGCGUCCCCAGUUCAAGCUCCACGACUAUUGGUAACACAAAUAUAUUCAACUCCUGCAUCCCUAAUUCGAAUGGUGAAGAAGCGCAAGCGCGACCAGUCAUCAUAGGAGGAUGGCCAGCUGCAGUGGUGGUGCUGGAACGAAGUGAUGUUGCUGCAAGUGCACGAUUAGAACAAAAGCAGGAACACCAAGCUUCUUCUACUUGCGCAACGCAUACGAAAUCCUGCUCGAAAAAACGAAACGACACUUCAUCUCAGUGCAUGGACUGUGCUGUGGUAGCGGAUUUCUUAUUUGGGUCCUCAUCCUCGUGCUCCUCGAAGACCGAUGGAAAGCCCUCGAAAGCGGAGGAUUCCCUCACAGACUUCUUGAUGGACACGUGGCCUGACCACUUUCCGACAGCUGCAGCAUGCAAGAAGACACUGAAACGAGGCAGGGUCUGGAUUGUCAAAGAGACGAACCACGAGUCAGUAGACCACGUCUCUACGGCUAUAGUGAACGAUGGUAAAAGCAGGGACUACAGCGUGCGUUCUGGCAUGAAUGCUGCUGAUAAAAACAAGGAAACGCAAGCGCUUGUAGAUGAAGUUGUUCCUUUGACUUUGGAGACUGCACAGAAUGUACUCUUUCAAGAGGAUGAUCUUGGAAGUUGCCGAAAAAUAUCCCUAGGUAACCGCAAGAGGAGGUUGCUGUUUUUCCCUGAUUACCCGGUGCGCGAACCCUACAAAAGCUCAAAUAAACUAAGCCCAAGUCUUCCUUCUGGUGGUCAAGAAUACAGACCAGGAAUUCAAAAUGUAGAAGCUGAGGCUCCUGUUCUCGCACGUGGACGUGGAUGGUUUAUUAUACAGAAACCUCCGGGCAUGCCAGUUCAUGGCGGGCUGAGAACGGUGCAAAAUAUCGCGGCAGCCAUAGUGCAACGAGAAGACCAAAGCAGGUCUUUUGAAAAAAUGGAUGAAAGUCGACAUCUUACAAGCAUUCCGUUCGGAGCGUGUCUCAACACUCUACCACAAGCUGUCAGUGGUCCUAUCCUUGUUGCGACUGACGCAGAAGUUGCGUGGAAUUUCGUGAAAGCUUGUAACGUCUCACACUCAACAGCAGCCUCACUAUCGCUUACUUGGCGAGCUGUGUUACAACACGUAGAAGAUCAUGCCCAGCAUGCGUGGUUCUUGAAGAAAACGUCCACUGGGGAUCAUGAUAAGCAUAUUGAGGCUAAAAAUCAUGAUGUCUAUGUAGAUGACCACGGCAUGAUCUUCCCAACUAGUAGACUGAAACUGGGGAAGAUCCACCGUACAACACCAAGUCGGCGCUUCGGCUUCAUUUCUGAACUAGAGAUGGAAACAGACGUCAAGUGCCUCACUGAGUGUGGAAAGAUGGCUGAAAAGAUUGUUGAGCAUUUCUCAACAAAUGCUGGUGCUAGCAAUGUUAGUACAAGAACUGAUAGUUGUACUCCGAUUCUUGGGUCUAAUGAGGAGGUGCGGGUACGCAGAGGACACUUGUACCUACGUCUUCAGCGCUUUUGCUUCAAAAUUAUCAGCACAGAAGAUGAUAGUACGAAAGUAAAAGUUGUGGACGUAGAAUCGCUGGAUAAUUGUCCUUCACAGAUGCGAUUUGAUAAGCUCUUUGCUGCAGAACAGGCAGUAUGGGACACAUACGUCGUCCCUGGUCAACAAGGUUGAAGGUGUUGAGGAGGACUGUGUGGCCUCACAAGUAGACACUUCUAUUAGCUACAAAAGAGGCACCAUGACAUGACAAGGACUUAGCAAAGUAGUUCUAAUCCUCCUCACUCUUGAUGAUUCGUCCCUUUCAUCUUGUGAUAUGGUCCCCAUUCCCCCUGCGUCAAAUUUUUACAUCAAGUUCAAGUCUAACAAGAACUUUGUAGCAACGUUGUCUCCAUGAUGUGUAUUGCAA